AUGGACUCUCCGAGCUACUUCACCAUCUGCGGUGGAACCGCUCCACCGGCCGCGCCGAUCCAGUCGCGUCCUCCCGCACCCACCGGGUGUUACCCGUUGUCGCCACCAGCGCCUCCCCCGCAGCACCCGCAAGGGAGAGGGGGCCGACGCAACCGGCGUGGCGGAGGUCGCCGCCGCCUGCAGCAGCAGGCCCAGGACGCCGGGGGGGGGGGGGCACCGCACUAUCAGCCGGCUCUCCCCGCUGGCCACCAUGCGCCCAUCGGCGCGCCCUUCCAGCCGACUAGCGCCGGCUACGGCGCCCUCCUUGCGUCGCUGCCUCUCGGUGGUUAUGGCCCGCCCGUCCCGGCGCCGCCCUACGGGGGCCUUCCGCCGCUGCCUCUCGGUGGUUAUGGCCCGCCCGUCCCGGCGCCGCCCUACGGGGGCCUUCCGCCGCCGCCGGUACCUGUGGCACGGGACCCCACCCUCCUCGCCGCCCAGCACCCCGCGCCGUCGUCGAGUAGCUCUGUCGGUGGAGGCGACUGGUACAUGGACUAA